GAUUUAGAUUAUCCAUCCUCCUUGUCCCUUAGUUUCCUAGCGCCUCGAAAACAUCACAGCUAAAAGCCAUGGACCAAGUACAGCUCGACCCCAGCAAGCUCAACGCCGCCGACAGAAGAGAACUUACGCAGUUCAUCGCCAAUGAAGCCCAGAAGACGAACAUCCAAUCUACCGUUCACAAUUUAACCGAAGUCUGCUGGAAGAAAUGCAUGACCGGAAAAGUCAGCGGUGGCGCAUUAGAUCGCAAUGAAGAAGCCUGUGCAAAGAACUGCGUCGAGCGGUGGAUGGAUGCCAACCUCGCUGUGCUGAAGCACCUGGAGACGUUAAGAGGACCCCAAUAGACAACAGGCGUGUUGUCAGGAAUGUGAUGGUUUCGCCAUUUGAUCUUUGCGGAGAAAGAGAUAUCUAUGACAAGACAUUUAACUCGGGGAUGGGUUAACAAAUAAAAAGGCGGCCCAUUUUCUUUCCGUGCUAGUCCGCCGCUUUGCUGCGUCGAUUCGUAUAGCUUACGGUGACUAUCUUUGGCCCUUUCUGUAUUUUAUGGACUAUAGAUGCAUAUAACGGUUUGGCUGUCCGGUUGGUUCUAUUGGGAACUUUAGAGAUACUACGUGCAUAUGCGCUAUCAGAUACAAAAUGUUACAAAUGAC